UUCUCAGGGUGAUGUGAUGUCUGUUCCAGGGCAUGUCCUUGAAUUUGGAGCCUGACAAUGUUGGUGUUGUCGUGUUUGGUAACGACAGACUGAUCAAGGAGGGGGAUGUUGUGAAGAGGACUGGUGCCAUCGUGGAUGUUCCAGUGGGGGAGGAGCUGCUGGGCCGUGUUGUGGAUGCCCUGGGCAACCCAAUUGAUGGGAAGGGUGCUAUUGCAUCUAAGGCACGUAGGAGAGUUGGCUUGAAGGCCCCUGGGAUCAUUCCCAGGAUCUCUGUGCGUGAGCCCAUGCAGACUGGGAUUAAGGCUGUGGACAGCUUGGUGCCCAUUGGUCGUGGCCAGCGUGAGCUGAUCAUUGGUGACAGACAGACUGGCAAAACUUCAAUUGCAAUUGACACAAUAAUCAACCAGAAACGAUUCAACGAUGGCACAGAUGAGAAGAAGAAACUGUACUGUAUCUAUGUUGCAAUUGGCCAGAAGAGAUCCACUGUUGCUCAGCUGGUUAAGAGGCUCACUGAUGCAGAUGCCAUGAAGUACACUAUUGUGGUGUCUGCCACAGCAUCCGAUGCAGCACCCCUGCAGUAUCUGGCUCCCUAUUCAGGCUGCUCCAUGGGGGAGUACUUCAGAGACAACGGGAAACACGCCCUAAUCAUCUAUGAUGACUUGUCCAAGCAGGCUGUUGCCUACCGUCAGAUGUCUCUGCUGCUGCGCCGUCCCCCUGGCCGUGAGGCCUACCCGGGCGAUGUGUUCUACCUGCACUCCCGCCUGCUGGAGAGAGCAGCCAAAAUGAACGACUCCUUCGGGGGCGGCUCCCUGACCGCCCUGCCUGUCAUCGAGACUCAGGCUGGGGAUGUGUCUGCUUACAUUCCAACCAAUGUCAUCUCCAUCACUGAUGGACAGAUUUUCUUGGAAACUGAGUUGUUCUACAAGGGGAUCCGUCCAGCCAUCAACGUUGGUCUGUCUGUGUCCCGUGUGGGUUCUGCUGCUCAGACCAGGGCUAUGAAGCAGGUGGCUGGUACCAUGAAGCUGGAGCUGGCUCAGUACCGGGAGGUCGCUGCCUUCGCCCAGUUCGGCUCUGACCUGGACGCUGCCACCCAGCAGCUGCUGAACCGCGGCGUGCGCCUGACAGAGCUGCUCAAGCAGGGCCAGUACGUUCCCAUGGCUAUUGAGGAGCAGGUGGCAGUCAUCUAUGCUGGUGUGAGAGGUCACUUGGACAAGCUGGAGCCCAGCAAGAUCACAAAAUUUGAGAGUGCUUUCCUAGCUCAUGUGCUGAGCCAGCACCAGUCACUCCUCUCCACAAUCAGGACCGAAGGGAAGAUCUCUGACCAGACAGAAGCGAAGUUGAAGGAAAUAGUCACAAAUUUCCUGGCUACUUUCGAGGCAUAAACUCUUAAAACUGUUGUAACCAGGCUGUUGUGACCCAGUGUUCCAGCUCCGUCAAAGACGAAAGCAUGUGCCACUUGAAUGUACAGAUCUCGGUGAGAAUAAAGGUUCCCAUGUAAAAAGGC